AUGAGGUUUUCCGCCAUCAUCGCCAUCCUAUCGGCGAGCUUAGCUCCCGCCGCUGCCGUCUUCUCUUCGCCCAUUUCCGCACGCGGCAGUGAAACCAAGGUGCCCGGAGACUCCCCUCUGGAAUUCUGUGCGGCCCAGCAUGACAACGAUAUCCUCAAGAUCCAGAGGGUCGACCUCUCUCCUAACCCUCCUUGCGCUAUCGGAGAAGCGACAAAGGACAUUGAAGAGGGUGCCUACGUAUCCCUCACCGUGAAAUACGGUCUUAUCAGGCUCAUUAGCACGACUGCCGAUCUCUGCGAGCAUCUCAAGGACGUUGACCUGGAGUGCCCCAUCAAGAAGGGCGACCUCUCUAUCCUCAAAACCGUGGAACUCCCUGCUGAAAUCCCCCCCCUGCACAGCACAUUGGCUAAUCCGUUUGUUUCACAGGGUCGAUAUACCGUUCUCGCCGACGUGUAUACAAAGGACGACGAGCCCAUUACUUGCCUCCAAGCUAGCGUUGUUUUCUCCAGGGGUUUCUUCAACCUGGAGCUAUAG